UCUAAACAGCUUGUAUAGUAUAUAUAUAUAUAUAUUUUUUUUUUUAAAAUACCAUAGUAUUUGAUUUAAAACAACGUUUGUUGUGAGUUGCUUAGAAGAAAAAAUAUGAUGCUCAAUUACAAGUUUGCUAUGAUAUGCUGUCCUCUAUUUGUGAUGUUAGUAGCAAUGCUCCACCCUUCAUUGGGAGAACAGGUAGAACCUCAACCUUUGAUUCUAAAAUACCACAAUGGCCCACUCCUAAAAGGCCGGAUCACCGUUAAUCUCUUAUGGUACGGUAGCUUCAAUCCAAUCCAACGUUCAAUAAUCGUCGACUUCAUAAACUCACUCACCACCUCUCCUAAGGCCCCACUUCCCUCCGUUGCAUCAUGGUGGAAAACCAUAGAGAAUUACAAGAGAGGAGGAUCGUCUACAAUUGUUGUAGGGAAACAAAUUAUGCACCAACGUUAUGCUCUUGGUAAAAACUUAAAAGGGACCCACCUUGUUUCCCUUGCUUCUGUCUUCAAAUACGCUCCAAAUGCCGUGAAUAUUAUUUUCACGGCUGAGGAAGUUACAGUUGAAGGUUUUUGUGGUCGAUGUGGGACUCACGGGUCUAUCCGAUCAGUUAGGAGAAGAAACCGAAUUCCUUACAUUUGGGUUGGAAACUCUGAGACCCAAUGUCCUGGUCAAUGCGCAUGGCCAUUUCACCAACCAAUUUACGGGCCCCAAACACCACCGUUAGUUGCUCCUAACGGCGAUAUUGGUGUUGAUGGAAUCAUUAUUAACCUUGCAACUCUAUUGGCUGGUACCGUUACAAAUCCGUUUAAUACCGGAUAUUUUCAAGGUCCACCAACGGCGCCAUUAGAGGCUGUUUCGGCUUGCACCGGGGUGUUUGGAAGUGGAGCGUAUCCGGGUUAUCCGGGUCGGGUUAUUUGGAACAGAGCUACUGGUGCGAGCUAUAAUGCGCAUGGAGUGAAUGGUAGGAAGUACUUGUUGCCAGCGAUGUGGGACCCGCAAACAAAGGGUUGCAGAACACUCUUGUGAUGAUUGAAUGGAAGAAAGUACUUGUAAAUUCUAUUUAUGUGAAGUGAAAGAAACAUGUUCUAAAUAUGGAAAACGUAAAUUAUGUAAAAAUAAGCAAUAUUGUACUUUAUUUACGUGUACUACGUAAAUCUUUUUCUUCUUAAUUUGAAAAUGGAUAUUGAUUUUUUUA